UCAGGGUAGUUGGAGCCUUGUCAGAGCUCAGGCACUGCAACGCUAGUCAUGGUGCUCAAUUUCCUCUCCCUGAGCCUCUCCCGCCUGAUCCUGUGGGCUUCUGGAGUGACCUUGGUCAUAGGUGCCCUCAAGGUUCUUUGCCUGCUGCUACGGAGGCACAAGUUGGCCAGAGCCAUGGACAACUUCCCAGGGCCCCCCACCCAUUGGCUGUUUGGGCAUGCCCUCGAGAUCCAGCAGACAGGAAGCCUGGACAAGGUGGUGUCCUGGGCCCAGCAGUUCCCCUAUGCCUCCCCACUCUGGAUGGGACCAUUUCUUGGCUUCUUGAACAUCUAUGAGCCUGACUAUGCCAAAGCUGUGUACAGCCGAGGGGACCCUAAGGCCGCGGAUGUGUAUGACUUCUUUCUCCAGUGGAUUGGGAAAGGCCUGCUGGUUCUUGAGGGGACCAAGUGGUUCCAGCACCGCAAGCUUCUCACACCUGGCUUCCAUUAUGAUGUGCUAAAGCCCUACAUUGCUGUGUUCACGAGCUCUGCAAACAACAUGCUGGACAAGUGGGAGAAAAAAGCUCAGGAGAAUAAAAGCUUUGACAUCUUCUGUGAUGUGGGCCACAUGGCACUGGACAGCCUCAUGAAGUGCACCUUUGGCAAAGGAGACAGCGGCCUGUGCUACAGGGACAGCAGCUACUACCAGGCAGUGCAUGACCUCACAGUGCUGAUACAGCAGCGCAUUGACUCCUUCCAGUACCACAACGACUUCAUCUACUGGCUCACCCCACACGGCCGCCGCUUCCUGCGGGCCUGCCAGGAGGCUCAUGACCAUACAGACCAUGUCAUCAGGAAGCGAAAGGCAGCCCUGCAAGACAAGAAGGAGCAGGAGAAUAUCCAGCACCAGAGACGCCUGGACUUCUUGGACAUUCUCCUGGGUGCUCGGGAUGAAAGCGACAUCAAGCUGUCUGAUGCAGACCUCCGGGCCGAAGUGGACACAUUCAUGUUCGAAGGUCAUGACACCUCCACCAGUGCUAUCUCCUGGUUUCUCUACUGCAUGGCUCUGUACCCGGAGCACCAGCGGCGUUGCAGGGAGGAGGCCCAUGAGAUCCUGGGGGACCAGGUCUCCUUCCAGUGGGAUGAUCUGGGCAAGAUGACCUACCUGACCAUGUGCAUCAAGGAGAGCUUCCGCCUCUACCCACCUGUGCCUCAGGUGUACCGCCAGCUCAGCAAGCCUGUCAACUUUGUGGAUGGCCGCUCUCUACCUGCAGGAAGCCUGGUCUCUCUGCACAUCUAUGCCCUCCAUAGGAACAGCGCAGUGUGGCCUGACCCUGAGGUCUUUGAUCCCCUGCGUUUUUCUCCUGAUAAUGCAUCUGGACGCCAUCCCUUUGCCUUCAUGCCUUUCUCUGCUGGGCCCAGGAAUUGCAUCGGGCAGCAGUUUGCCAUGAAUGAGAUAAAGGUGGUCACGGCUCUCUGUUUGCUCCGCUUUGAGUUCUCCAUCGACCCCUUGAAGCUGCCCAUCAAGAUGCCCCAGGUGAUUCUGCGCUCCAAGAAUGGAAUCCACCUCCACCUGAAGUCACUGGGCCCUGGGUCUGGGAAGUAGCUCUGCAGAGAACAAGGACCUAAGCAGCCCAGGCUCUCCUCCCUGCACACUACCCUUCUAGAUGAAUAUGGAGUAGUUGUGGGUCCCUGCCUUCAGGAGCCUUAUUGCUUGGGAGAGGAGUAGCCACUGGCAUAGACAAGCUCCUGGAGGACAGUGCCACUCAAACAUGAAUGUCUAUAAAAUGUACUUGUUACACAUAUAUUAAAGAUCUCAUUCAUUCACUCA